AACAACCGGGUCGUGUAGAAGGAAAGUGUCAUUUGUUCGUUAGUUUACCACCGAGCACGUUAGAUGUGUGUACAUGUUGUUAGCGUAACAAUCGUAACGUUUUUAGAUAACACCGCAUUCACGUGUUAGUCGACUAAAACCAUAUCGUUAUGGAAAUCAGCUCACGCAAACGUUAGCUAGCUGAAUGUCUUUCAGUCAGUCACAAUUGUCAGAAGUUGGCUCGAGGUUCGUCCCAAGCUAACGUGAGAGCAGUUUAUUGUGAGCCUGCACCGUGGGACUGCGACCAGCUGGGUAGCUAAACAUACACGUCCGCCGAGCUGCUGUAAGGAUUACCUUCGUUUUGGACGCGAGGAGCUGUUCAAGGCACCAUGGAUCCGUUUGACAGUAACAACACAGAGCGAGCCAACCUGCCAAGGAACAUGAUUGAGAACAGCAUGUUUGAAGAAGAGCCGGAUGUUGUGGAUUUGGCCAAAGACUCUGCUGCGUUCCCAACAUUUCCUGCUCUGGACCCAGAUGAGGUGGCGUUUGAGCCUCGUAGCUCACGCUUGCUUGUGCGAGGCCUGGGACAGCACGACAUGGAUGAGGAUGAAGAGGACUGCGAGUCUUCAGCCCGUCUGCUGGGCAUGUCCUUCAUGAACCGUAGUGCUGCUCACAGAUCCAGCUCUUCUCCAUACACCAGACAGGCUCCACCCAGGUCAUGUUCACGACCCUCGGGCCGUACCAUGAUUGUGUGUGUGUUAUUCCUGGUGAUUGUGGCCUCUCUGACUAUGGUAAUGUACUUCUUACCUGGCUGCAACUUUACCAAGAGGGGUUGUCAACGGACCAACAAGACCACUCCCUCCGAACAAGUCUACCCUGUGUCCACAAAUGGUGAACUGUUUCCAUGGGCACAGCUCCGGCUGCCUCGCAGCAUACAUCCUCUUAGCUAUGACCUCACCCUCGACCCUGACCUCGACAACAUGACCUUCACCGGCCGCACCGUCAUCAGCAUGUCUGUGCUUCACAACACCAAGCUCAUUGUUCUGCACAGUUCUCACCUCAACAUCACCAAAGCUACCUUCAAGCCAGGUGACGGUGAGGCCAGAGAUGUGACUGUACUGGAGUACAAACCCAGACAGCAGAUAGCUGUUAAGUUCUCUGAGGAGCUGAAAACGGGCCAGUACUGCGUUUUGACCCUGGAUUACUCUGCCAACCUCUCGCAUACUUAUGAUGGUUUCUACAACAGCUCAUACACUGAUACAGAUGGAAACAAAAGGGUCUUAGCAGCAACCCAGUUUGAGCCACUAGCAGCUAGGAAGGCCUUUCCUUGCUUUGAUGAACCAUCUUUCAAAGCCACCUUCCUGAUUAGAAUCAGCAGGAAACCAACCUACCUGACUCUUUCCAACAUGCCUCAGGCUAAAAGCACACCACUUCUCAAUGGCCUCAUUCAAGAUGAGUUUGAAAAGACCAUUGUCAACAUGAGCACCUACCUGGUGGCCUUCAUUGUCGCCAACUUCACCCCUAUCAGCAGCCAUGUCUCAGAAACUCAAGUGUCUGUGUACUCUGUGCCUGAUAAGAAGGAGCAAACUGACUAUGCGCUGGACACAGCCUGCAAACUGCUGGAGUUCUACAAUGACUUCUUUGAAAUUACCUACCCCCUCAAAAAACUAGACUUGGUAGCCAUACCAGACUUCCUGGCAGGGGCCAUGGAGAACUGGGGACUCAUCACUUUCAGAGAGACCAGCCUGCUGGUGGGCAAACAGUCCUCUAAUCUGGAAAAACAAGUCGUUGCCUCCGUCGUCGCGCAUGAGCUCGCUCAUCAGUGGUUCGGAAACCUGGUCACGAUGAGGUGGUGGAAUGACUUGUGGCUCAACGAAGGUUUUGCCACAUACAUGCAGUACAUGUCGCUGCAGACUGUUUUGCCCCAGCUGGACAUUGGUAAUUUGUUCCUGGCAGUACGCUUCAGAGCGCUGGACGAUGAUGCACUUAACUCCUCCCACGCUGUGUCGAUGGACGUCAAUAAGCCAGAACAGGUGGAAGAGAUGUUUGACUCUGUCUCCUAUGAGAAGGGUGCAUCCAUUCUCCUGAUGCUGAAUGCCUCCCUGCCAGGUGACCAACAGUUCAGAAAGGGUAUAAUUCAAUACCUGAAACAGUUCAGUGGAUUAAACACGGACACUAACGACCUCUGGAACAGCCUUACUCAGGUUGAAGUCUCGGCGCAGCACCCAAAUGUGUCAGAGAUGAUGAGCUCAUGGACGUCACAGAAAGGCUUCCCAUUGGUCACUGUAAGCCGUAAGGGAGGUCAGGUGACCCUCACACAGGAACACUUCCUCCUCACAUCUGACAAUGCCACGCAGACUUCCAGCUUGUGGAAUAUUCCAGUGACGUACGUAACUGACAACUGUAGUUUGGCCCCUGAGUGCAGACAGAUGUUCAAUCUGAAGACCAAGUCAGGGACUCUGAAUGAGCUACCAGAAAGUGUAAAGUGGCUGAAGUUGAACUACAGAAACACAGGCUUCUACAUCGUCGACUAUGGAGACGAGGGCUGGGCUGCUCUGAUAAGUGCUCUGUCCAACAAUGUCAGUGUUCUUACACAAGAGGACCGCGCCUCGCUCAUACACAACAUCUUUGCUCUUUCCAGACUGGGACGCGUGUCCUUCCACCAAGUCCUCAACCUGUUGAAGUACAUGUCCAAUGAAACUCAGACUUCUCCUGUGACAGAGGCCUUGUUACAGCUCAAUGUACUCUACCAGCUGCUUGACCAAAGACAAGAGCACAGUCUUGUGGCCCGCAUGAAGUCUUAUAUUAAGCAUCAGUUUGCUUCUCUGAUGGACAAACAAACAUGGAAAGAGGAGGAGGAGGAGAGUGUUUCUAAACAGGAGCUGCGCUCAGCCCUGCUGAAGAUGGCCUGUAGUCUAAAUGAAGAAAAGUGCAUUAAGCAAGCCCGAGCCCAGUUCAAACAGUAUGUCGAGUCCAAUGGGACCUUACGGAUCCCAGGUGAUCUGCAGCAAGUUGUAUUCACUGUGGCUGCUCAAUCAAAUGAAGAUUGGGAGACUUUGCUCAGCAUGUACGGACAAGCCACCUAUGAUGCAGAGAAGAGAAAAAUGCUACGGGGCCUAGCAUCUACUCAGGACCCACGGCGUAUAGUGUGGAUUCUAAAGGCAGGUCUGAGGGGGGGUUUAAUCCAGACACAGGAGUUGCCUUUGGUCAUCUACACUGUGUGUCAUGGCUUCGCCGGCUACUUGUUUGUCUGGGAUUUCAUCCAAGAGAACUGGGACAGCCUCAUAGAGAAGUUCCCUGUGGGCUCCUUUGCCAUCCAGACAAUCAUCAAGUCUGCCACUUCUCAGUUCUCCACACAGGCACACCUUAAUCAAGUUGAGGGUUUCUUCUCCAGUUUGAAGGAGCGCGGCUCUCAGAUGAGGAGCGUGCAGGAAGCUUUGGAAACUAUCAGACUGAACCAGCGCUGGAUGGACAAGAACUUGCCCACGCUCCAAAAAUGGCUCUAAUACAGCCGCUCCAUCCAGUUUCGGCCCCGCUGACAUGCAAGAGGGGCACAUCGCCAAGACGACAACAGUGUUUGCACUAUUGUAGGAGACUGUCUCUUGACUCCCUUUAUCCAGGCCAGAGUACUAAUCAAAGCUAGAGGUUUUGCUCUACCUGGGUGGAUAUGGUGUUAGAUUCUCUGAGAUUGGUCCUUGAGAGUUGUAUUUGCUAGCUCGGGGUGGCUCUGAUUGUGUGUCUGACAGGAAGUUGUCAGAUGCAAACACACACUCCUCACACUUUAUGCUGUCGACCAAACCUCUCCUCUCCAGCUCUGAUCUCAACCUCCUGCCUGAGCUGACAAUCAUGCUCCACCCACCCUCCUUUUCCUCAGCCUUCUCUCAGGCAUUUAGAUGUGCAAUGGCCACUUCAAAAAAGAGGAGUAUGAAGAAUGUCAACAUUACUGUGUGUAUGUACUGACUUUAUCUCAAAUGGUCUGAUAUAGGUGGAUGCAGCUGUCAGGGAUGUUUCAGUAAUGAGAAGUAGAACUUACCGGUACUUUAGAGAGUUAUUAUUCUAUAAUUAAACUGACCUUUUAUCGCAAUGUUACAAAAUAGCUGCCAACUCUAGUUACACGUGCAACUGGAAACAUUUUCUAUAUUGGUCAUGAUUUGGCUAGAUGGUUGGUGGCUUGGUUAGUUAAUAGCUUAAAAUACCAAACUUGUGUUUGCAUCAAUUGAAUGUACUGAAAACCUUCCCACUGUGGACAGUAGAUGGCGUAUUGCACAACAGUGCAGGUUAUAGCAACAACCAAUGUGUCUUAGGUGAGAGCAGGCAGUGCAGGCUGGAGCCAAAUGUUGAUUUCUUUGUUACUCCACCAGUCAUAAGACCAGUUUAGCUCUGAUCCACAGGUUUUUAUUUUGAUAGCUUGUAGUCGCAGUACAGACUUAUUCUUUAACACAGCAUUCUUGUAAACCUGUAAUUAUAAUGUAAAUACGCUCAACCCUACAAUGUGUUAUUGAGAUUUUGGAUGUUUUAAACAUCUUGACUUGACAUUUUAGGAUUUGCUUUGUGAUGUGUGUUGUGUGUGUGUGUGUGUAUGUAUAUGUAUAUGUAUAUAUAUAUAUAUAUAUAUAUAUAUAUAUAUAUAUAUAUAUAUAUAUAUAUAUAUAUAUAUAUUAUAUUAUAAGUGUAACGAGGAAAUGUAUACAUAGAAUUGAUCAAGAGUCUGUUGAUCUGUCUGUUCAAAAACUGUCACUGUAUUUCUGGAUUGAGACGAUUGCUGAUGAAUGUUGGUGUUCUGAGGGCUAAAGUGCAUAUUGAAGCUAUAUUGAAGAACAUUUAUAUUGCGCAUGAAUAAUCUGUCCAGGAAGUUGUUCAUCAGCCAAGCGACAAUGCAGAAGGUUUAAAGUUACUCCAAUAUAACGAGGAGGAGCGUAGCUAUUUAUUUUGUUUUAGAUAAUGUUUGAAUGUGUUUCCCCAACUUUUGUUUCAGGAUUUUAUUUAAAUACCAUUGUACACUAAUCCUGAGCUUUAUUUUAAGUGGUACUGCUUACUUAUUCACUCCAUCAGUCAUCAAUUUUCAGAUAAUUAAGUAAAUAACAGAUUUAGAAUUUUCUUUGAACAUCUUUAACACCUUCAAGAGACAUGCAUCUGUUUUUUGAUUGUCAUAGCAUCUUCUGAAACCUUUUUGUCUCAUUUAUGUAAAAACUUUCCUUAAAUGUGUGUCAAAAGGUGUGCGGUCAGCAGCAUGAAGGAUCACAAUGCUUUCCAAACAGAAAAGAUUAGUGUGACACUAGUGUGUUCACAGUAUUAGACUUGACCAUGGACUUGUUCCAUCCAGUCCGUUUCUCAGACAGUGUGAUGGUGUGUUAAGAAUAUGCCUUUAAAUACACAUCUCAAUCUUU